AUGGCUGCCUGUGGCCGACGUGUACUGCUCUUAAUCGUGAUUCUGUCAUUUUGCGUAAUUUAUGGAAAAGAAACUGUCGAGAAGAAGAAUAAUGAUGAAAUUGAAUUACAAAGGGUUAAACGUAAAUCGGUCGAAGCUUUAAAUGAAAACGUUCCUGAAAAAAGUCAAUUUGUUAAGCCCAUUGAUGGAGCCCAUGUCGGUGCUGGAGCCCCAGUUGGUGGGGCUCCGGUCAACGUUGGUCCCGUUGGAAAGCAAAUGGUAAUGCAACCACAGGGUGUAGGGCAAGGACAGUCUUUUCUAGGAAAGGAAUCGAAUACCGCUAAAAGACGUCAACAUAUUCCAUUGGGAGGAGCUGGAGAGAAAUUCAAAAUUGAAGGAAAUCCGUCGAGAAUGCACAAGAAAGCUUUUAAGUUAGCAGAAACUGCGGAAUGCAGUGCAGACAUCAUUUCACAUUGCAGCCGGAAAUCAAUGAAAAAUAAUUUUGCAAUUUUAGAUUGUUUACAAGGAGAUCCUAAGGUUGCAGAAGAAAUCAGUGACCCAUGUCAACAUUUUAUUUGGGAGUACAAAAAGAAUUUGACCAUGGAUGACAGAUUUGAAUAUGCUGCAGAUGAAGUUUGUGUGAAAGAGCUUAAAGAUAUACCUGAGUGUGCCAAUUUACAAAAGGGACAGGGACAGAUCAUUCCUUGUCUGGUUGAAAAUGUGGAAAACAUCACAGAUAAGAACUGUAGAACUUACCUCAACAAGAUGGCAAGGAUCGUCUUCAGUGACUUCCGCAUGGUGUACGGCUUUGUGCAGGAGUGUAAUGAGGACAUUGUUAAUUAUAAAUGUGGAAGGUUGUCGUUUGAUCACAAAGAGGCUGUUCAUUCACAAGGAAAGACAUUACACUGUUUGGCAAAGAAGAUAAGCCAGCUGAAACCUGUGUGUAAGAAACAGUUGUUGAGGGUAGCUGAGCUUCAAGCAGAUGACUAUCAUCUGGAUAGGCCUUUAUACUAUGCCUGUCGCCUUGACCGAGAGAGGUUCUGUGAAAGCACUGUUGCUGGACAGGGAAGGGUCUAUGAGUGUCUGUUCAAACACAAGUUUGAUCCAGAAAUGUCAGAUGAGUGUCGAGACAAGCUGACAGUCAGACAAAGGUUGAUAGCUGAUGAUGUAAAAGCAGAGAAAUCAUUCUUCGGUGCCUGCCGAUUAGAUAUCAGGGCAAAUGGCUGCUUCUCGGCAGGAAGUUCCAACAAUGAUGAUGAUGCCAGUCGUGCAUCUGUCCUUCUUUGUCUGGAAAGUGCCCAUAAGAGGGAUAUAGUCAUUGCGCCAGAAUGUCUUGCCGAGAUGAUGGAUCUGCGUAAAAGUCUAAUGUCAGAUUUCAAGAUUAAUCCAGAAAUAGUGGCCUCCUGCCAAUCUGAGAUUGUAAAGUUGUGUGACGGAGGGCUGGAACGAGGAGGAGCAACCAUUCACUGUCUGAUGGAUCAUGCUAGAAAGCAAAACAAAAAGAUGAGCCCUCAGCUGUCAUCUCCCUGUAUGAGAGCUCUUGAGAGCCUGGUGAAGGAGGCGGAUGUUGGUAGUGACUUCCGUAUGGACAGAAACCUCAAGAAAUCCUGUCAGGAUGUGGUUAAUGUUGUCUGCAAAGACAUUCAGCCUGGAGAUGCAGAGGUGAUCAACUGUUUGAUGGACCACCUUGAUUCAGAACAUAUGACAGAUAUUUGUGAGGAGAAGUUAAUGCAAAUACAGUACUUCAUUGUGAGGGAUUUCAGAUUAGAUGCUACUUUGUACAGACAUUGUCACCAGGAUGCCUUCAAACUGUGUCAUGCUCCAAAAACCUGGAUAGAACAAGAUUCAACGAAUGUGGACGUAGGUCCUAUGGUUUUACCCUGUCUGUUCCGUCACAUGAAAGAUCAUGACACUGAUGCAAACUUACAGGUCUCUCGGGCUUGUAAACACGAAAUCCUCCGAGUGAUGAGACAUCGGGCAAGGCGAGUGGAAUUGGACACGGAUAUUGAAUCUAAGUGUGUAACUGACCUUGGACGAUACUGUUCUGAUGACCAAUCAGAAAAAUACGAAAAAGGCGAGGAGUUGGCAUGCCUACAAGACAACUACGAUGAUCUGGAAGAUGACUGUCAGGAAGUGGUCGGUAACAUCACAGAAAACCAGGACACAUAUCUAGAGCUUGACAACCUUGUCAUGAAAUCCUGUAUGCCCAUGAUAAAGAAAUUCUGUAGGGAGGAGAUUGAGGAGGAUGCUGAUGCUGAAGAUGUUAUGGACUGUCUCAUAGAAAAUAAACAUGAUCAGUCAAUGGAUGAAAAAUGUGCUGCUGGAGUAGAACAUCAUCAGAUUAUAUCAUUACAAGAUUUCCGGUUUAAUCACAAGUUCAAAGAGGCGUGUAAAGAAAAUGUGAUGAUGUAUUGUAAAGGAAAGAAGUCAAAAUACGAGGUGGUGUCCUGUUUGAGUGAACAUGUGAGAAAUGACACGGUCAUGGAGAGAAAACACAGGAUAUCAAAGAUUUGUCGUAAACAGCUACGAUUUGAAGUCCUUCAGAGGGGCGAAAAAAUUGACCUUGACCCUCAACUUAAAAUGGCAUGUAGGGAAGAGUUGGAAACUGUUUGUUCAGGUGUGGAGCAUGGCAAUGCAAAGGCAAUUGAAUGUUUAAAGGAACACCCAAAGAAACUUGGUCCAACAUGUUCUAAACUCAUUUUUGUCAGAGAGAAAGAUGAUGUAUACAUUGGAGACUUCAAGUUACGACAGUCCUGCGCUAGUAUGAUAAAGACAUAUUGCAAAACCGUUCUCCAGACCAAUGGAGAUGUGAUGCAUUGUCUACAGAAAUACAAAGAUGAAACAGAAUUUGAUAGAAAGUGUCGGACCUUUGUAAUUAAAAGACAAGUUAUUCAAAACCAAGAUUACAGAUUGAACCCAUCUUUGAAGAAAAGCUGUAAACUAGAUAUCAACAAAUUUUGCAGCGAUAUUGUACAGACAGAAAAGAAUGACGUAGAAUUAGAAGGAAAAGUUAUCAACUGUCUCAGGAAACAGUUUUCUGUUAAUAGAUUAUCGCGGGAUUGUAAUGCGGAGAUAAGAGAUGUGAUAAAGGAUGCUGCUUUAAAUUACCUUGAGGAUCCUGUUCUGGCUAAGGCUUGUGAAGCUGUGAUUGAGUCAUUCUGUUCUGAUGAACACAGCAAAGCUAUGCGUAGUCAGAACCGAGUGGUUGUGACAGAGGAUGGAAAGGGUAUUGUCUUGGAGUGUCUGAAGAAAAACAUCAAAAGCAUCAAGAGUAGCCACAAUGGAUUAGCGUGUGCCAAGGAAGUGGCCCGUACCAUACAGGAAGCCCAUAUAGAUGUUGGUGUGGACCCUUUACUUCACACUGCCUGUCAGCAGGAUCUGUCAAAACACUGUGGCCAUAUAAACCCUGGAAAUGGCAGACAAAUGAAUUGUCUGCUGAUAGAGCUAGAAGACAGACCAGACGGAAUGUCAGCUGAUUGCAGAAACUUACUGUCCAAGCGAAAAGAUUUGUGGGAGUUUUCCGUUAGGGUUGCCCCACCAGAAGGCUUUGGAGAAAUUUAUGAACAAAUCAGUAUAUCUCCUGCUAAAAAUUAUAUCCUUAGCAUAAUGAUAGUAGUAUUAGGUAUGAUAUUUUUAGUUGGAAUUACAUGUGGGCGUGUGACAAAACGAGCCAAGGGAGACAAGCGGAAGUAAGGGAAAUCACUGGGGACAGAAUUUUACAACUAUCCUCUCUGGUUAUAAAGCUGAAUGUGAUAAAAAUUUGAAAGUUUCACUCAUUGAUAGAUAGAAAAUCAUUAUCUAGUUCGAAAAAGUAAAAAGAAGUUGAUUGUUUAAAAAAAAAUAGGUUAAGUGACAUACAUUACUAAAAUGAAAAGUUUUGUUUUGAUGUCUAGCAAUACAAAGUAGAUAUAUCAUACUUAUCUUUCAAGUUAAAUAUGGAGUACUAGGGCUCUUUCUAUUAAUAGCAUAUAAUGCAAACAAUCCAGAAACUAUCAAGGACUGUGUAUCCAGUCAAAGAAUUCAAGCCAAAAAGUGUACUAAGAUUUUAGUUGAUUUAUAUAUAAGACAUUCAGGGAUAAUCAGUAAUGGACCUGGGCUAAAUCUUCUCAGAGAGGAUGGGUUUGUCCUGUUGUCUGUUAUUCUAAAUCAUUCCAUUCUGGUCCUGCUGUUUACUUAAUAGAAAGAGGUCCUAGACUUGGAAUGUCUUCAAGUCCCCACAUACAGGAGAUGACCUUUCUGACCUUGAAAGGUGUAAAACUUUAUUUACUUUGUUUGUUUAAAGAAAACAUUUUUUAAAAUAAAUGCAAGUUUUGUAAAUGUCAAGUUUGAAGAUAUGUAGCAAGAACAGAAACUUCCAUCUAUGUAUACAUGUUUGAAUUAUAGAUAUUUAGCUGACCAAAGACAUAGAUCAGUCCCUAAAGUAUUAGAUAUAGAGAAUCAGGAUUGUAUAGUAAAUACUUGUCUCAUAGAAGUAUAAUUGUACUCCUAAA